CCGCUUAUGUUGGCUGCAAUGCAUGGCAAGAUCUCAUGCGUGCGAAAGCUUCUUGAAGUAGGAGCAAAUGUAUUAAUGUUCGAUUCCCUUCACGGAAGAACUUGUUUGCAUUAUGCUGCUUACUAUGGCCAUGCCGAUUGCCUCCAGGCCAUUGUUUCCGCUGCUCAAUCAAAUCAUGUAGCUGUUUCAUGGGGAUUUGCGCGAUUUGUGAAUAUUAGAGAUGGUAGGGGAGCGACCCCGUUGCAUUUAGCAUCGAGGCGAAGUAGGCCUGAAUGUGUACGUAUAUUGUUAGACAACGGAGCUCUUGUUUGUGCUUCAACUGGCGGAUAUGGCUGCCCAGGAAGCACUCCGCUGCAUUUGGCGGCAAGAGGGGGAUCUCUGGAUUGUAUACGAGGAUUGUUGGCAUGGGGUGCAGAUCGCGCUCAAAGAGAUGGAUCGGGGAGAAUGCCAUAUAUAGUUGCUUUGAAACACAAACAUGGAGCUUGUGCAGCUAUGCUAAAUCCGUCAUCAACUGAGCCUCUGGUGUGGCCAUCACCUUUGAAGUUUAUUAGUGAGCUUAAUGAGGAGGCAAAAGCUUUGUUAGAAUAGGCCUUAACGGAGGCA